CAGUCAUCUUUUGAGUCGUGCAGAAUUGUGUGGGUGUAGAGACCAAUGCAUACUAUUCUUCUUCAGUAUAUCCAACAGUUCAUGUGUUAAAUACUUUUGUUAUGUCAGAAAGAAAUCCUGAAGGUGGAUAUACUCGCAACAGAAGGGAAACACCAGACAUAUCGGAAGACGACCAGUGGUUACAACGACUUCGGGUUGUCAGAGAGUUGUGGUUCUUACGCGAACAGGCUAGAGUAAGAGCAGUAGGGCAAGAAUUUCUUCAGAGACUAGAAAGAGUUGUCCGAGAACAUGCUGCCCAAGUUACUACUUUAGUGAAUAACAGCAGCUCAAGAACAAAUGUGGGUACGUAUUCACUUUAUCAUUUUUAUUUUCAUAAAAAGAUUCAAUCUUUUGUUCUUGGUAGGAGAAAACAACGUUGCAACUGCGGAUGGAGAGACUGGACAACAAGAAGCGACCUUAACUAUGGUUUGGAACCCCAUGUUGAAAUUCCAGGUGUUCCUCAGGAGCACUCAGUAUCCACAAGUGCUCCUUCCACACAUGUUCUCGAAGUCUUUCCUGGUCGUUUUGAUGAUCUAUCCAGUCGCAUGAGAGCAGAUUCUAGAGAUAAUAUUCAAGGAAGACAUGUCGUUUCUAAUACAUUGGAAUCCCGCUUUAGAGAAGAUUUGGAACGUCUAUUGCUUGGAAGGUUAAGAAGUCCAGACUUUUUACCUCCACAAGUUUUGAACAGAAACGAGCAUGAUAUGCUAUUAUUUGGAGAUGACCAAGACUGGAGACAUGACCCUGAAAUAUCCAAUGAGCAUUCUUCUCAUGAAGAUGUAUCGAUGGAACGGAAUAUCGAUUAUCUGAAGAAGGCUGUUCAGAUUCUUCAAAGAGAUGUUGCAUCCUUGAAGAAUAUUGUAAAUGCAUCUUUUGAUAUUCAAUUGGACAUUCAGCGUUCCAUCAGACAGGAACUGGCUGGAGUCUUAAGUGGUUGUUCUUCCACAGAGAGCAAUCCAAAGUUAUAUUCUCAAUGGAAAGCGAGUGAGAAGAAUUGUUUGAUUGAGGGAACCAGCUUUUCUAGAGGUGUUUGUGUGAUAUGUGCAGAUGCAGCUGCCGACAGUUUGUUAUAUCGUUGUGGUCAUUUAUGUACUUGUGCCAUGUGUGGAAGACAGUUGAUUGCAACAGGACAGGUAAGCAUUCCAACCACGAGUUGAAGGAAUUCUAUAAAGUGCAUAGUCAUGUC